GGCUAGCGGCGUCAGUCACAUACACAAACGGGUGCAGUGCGAUGCGGUCGAAGGCGAGCCCGGUGCUCAGGUGACCAGCGGCCAGCGUGGCCUGUGACUGGUGCCGCUAGCGGGGAAGCGGCCUGCCACGUACCCGUCCGUGGAACCUGCCGGUGAGCGGCGCCCGGCUGGGCACUGGUACAGGUACGGUCAGUGGACGACAGCCGAGGUCAGGGACCGACUGCACGGCACCUCGUGCCCCGCCAACCCAACCAGACCGACUUCACAGCAAAGCCGGCAGUGAGAGCUGCACCUCGCGCGCACCCCCAGCGUUUCUCUGGACGGCCGACGGUCGAUGUUUGUGGUGAACCGGGAGAAGUCCUUCAGGAUGCUGGGCGACCUGCCGCCACUCACCAACGGCCUGCACGUUCAUGAAGAGAUCGUCGUUAGCACCGACCGCAGCAAGCUUGGCGAGGCCAAUUCGACCCUGCCGGUGGGUCGCGUGCUGCCGCCGCUGCGCGGGGCGCCACGCAUAUCGCCGUCGCUCAGUCAGGAGGAGGGGGAGCCGCGCCUGCACAGUGGCCUGCUCCAGCUGCGGGACGCUGCUGACCUGCAGUCGGUCAACUCGUCCUCCGACCUCCGCCCGCAGACCGGCCAGAGAACAAAUGAAAGACCGUUAACUGGCGCUGGUACCACCGUCACCGAAGAUGGAAAAGGCUGCAGCCCAUUAUCCAAGCUGUUCAGCAGAUUCAGGAAGUCUCAAACUCCCACCGCUCACGAGGCUGUGAGUCUGGACAGCCCCAAGGAGCCCAAGGAGGAGCCGGAUGAUGAGAGCCGGCCAGAGGGCGCCACAUUUCGCGCAGGUCUGCCCAGCGGCUCGCCAGAGCGGCUGGUGGCCUCUCCGGCGCCGGCUGAGCAGGGUCCACGCAGCCUGUCACCGGUACCCGAGCCGGAACCGCCGCAGCAGUCCAAAACGUGCAUAAUACUGUGAGCUUCGGGAAGAACUGUCCAAGUGCCGACGACUUCUGCGGUCCAGCUUUCACCGAGCAAGUGCCUAAGAGAGCUUCUGAGCCGCGUCGACUCCGGCGUGUUCAGGAAAACCCAAGGCAGAAAAUUCCGAAGUGAGCGAGAGUACGGGCAGACGCCAGUAGCCGACUAGAAUCGGCUCCAGCCGGUGUGUAUUCUCGCACUGGUGUCACCCGCAGAACGCGUGAAUGCGUCGUCAUCGGUGUCAAGUGUUGACACGGGGUCAGUGGGGAUAUGCAAGAGUCUGACAUGUACCGUCACGCGUGACGCACCGUACUUUGUGAUAACAAGUGGCACAGAUCGGGCGUGACGGCAGUGUUUGUUGCCAGUGCGGCCCAGCCCCGAGCCUUGGCUAAACCUGACCGCAAACUGCGGCGCG